AUGGCCAGCCGAAUCCGCAAGCUGCUCCUCGCCGAGUACGAGGGGCUGGUGGCGAGCGAAGGCCUGAUCCUCGAGUCGCCGUUCGCCGAAACGACGCGCGACGGUCGGGGCUUGCGCGAGGUCCAGCUCGGGCUCACCUCCAGCAAGCUCCUCGUGGCGUCCGACAAUCUCGGAGACGGCAGCGCGUUCCGCUGCGCGAGGGUCGUCGACCCGUGGAUCGAGAGCUUGGAGCUCAAGUCGGCCUAUCCGCUGGAGUGCGUGAAGCUCAGCGUGUUUCGGCGAAGGAAGAGGAGAGCCCUGGAAGCGCGGUCUGCCUCGCUCACCCGUCCCGCGCUCGAUUCCCCGAAUGAAGGAGCGCCAUUGGAAAAUUCGCGCAGAUUGGUCGACGGCCGAGCGAAGUACUUCGAGCUCGGAGGUCUGGGCUGUCGAGCGAAGAGCUGGAACGAGUGGUGCGCGCAAGUCCACCGACUGCUGCGGACCUCUGAGACGGCCACGCGUCGACAGUCGUGCGCCGGUUGGACGAGGAAGUACCUGUACUUGGGGCCGGAUUACGAGGAACUCUGGAACCCACGCUACGCCCCGAGACCCGUCGCGCUCGCCGGCGCGACGAGCUCGCAGACCGUCAAGCACGAUUCGAUAGCUCGAGCCUCGACCGGGUCCCCUCGCGAGACGGUCGCGCGCCGAGUGGCUCGCUUCGCCGAGGGUGUCGACGAGAACUGCGUGCACUCGCUGUACAUCCGAGUCGCUCGAUCGCCUCCCGAGGACCCGCCGAUCCCCCAGCGUAGCCUCUCGCCGAGCUCGCGCUUGCUCCGCGGCUUCGGGCCGUGGUCGAUCGAGCCCGGCGAGCGCGUUUCCCUGCAGUCGCGCUUGACGCAAAGUCUCGCUCGCGUGCGCCGACGAUCGCCCGAGUCGCGCCUGCCGAUAUCGCGACGUCAGCUGGCGCGAGCUACGGCCUCGCUCGCCAGUCUCAAGCCGCGAGCUUCGACGGGGAGCGCGCUGCUGUUCUGGACGACGGACUACUGGUACAGACCGAGAGCCGCCGCGGAAGUCUACAGGGACGCGAGGAGACACUUGAAAGGAUUAAGGGAGGGGCGAGUGCGCGACUCUCGACAUUCGAGCCUCCGUUUGUCGCUUUGCCAGCGUUUGCCUUUAUUUUCGAGCUAUCGCCGUCACAGUACAACCGCUCGUCUUCGCCAGCUAUUGAAACCUGGCCGACGCGUCACGCUGCACGGCCUCUCGAGCACAACGCUCUCGCGCCAGCUGACACUCGUCGAGUGCGAGCUUUUCGCUCGCGUGGGCGUCCACGAGGUGAGGACGCUCGCUCGCCGUCGCGAGCCACGCGACGUGCCGAACUUCGCGGCUUGGGUCGCUUUCGCGCACAGGCUCGCGUGUCUGCUGCAGAGCGAAGUGCUACGGGCGUCCCAGGUGAAAGAACGAUCGAGAUUAGUGUUGAGGCUGAUCAGAACAGCGGACAAGUGCUUGGAAGAGGGCAAUUUCCAGUCGGCCAGCUCGGUCGUCGCUGCCCUGCAGUCGCCGGCUGUCUACAGGCUGAGGGCAACAUGGGCGUACCUGAGGACACACCACGAGACAGAGUACAAGACGAUGACGAAGCUGAGCAAGCUGUUCGCGAACACAAGGGCGAGGCGUUAUCGAGACGCUUGGAUGAACAAUCGUCGAUCGUCGAUACCAAGUGUCGCCGACGUUACCGCGAUGAUACUGGGAUUGGAGGAGACGGAGAGCAAGGUUGACGGUGAUUGGAGGACUCUGGGAAUGAGGCAUGACGGCGAAGCGUGGAUGGUCUUUCGAAUGAGAAAUGAUCGUCGACAAAUCACGCAGGAGCGGCUGCUGGAGCUCGACGACACUCCGACGGGCAAGAUCGAUCGGCUGGUCGGUUGGCUAGAGGAUUGCCAGAGUCGCGCGUUCAGCCGCGACUAUCCAGGCGAGCCUCUCGCUCGGGAAUUCCUCCUGAAAGCCAGAUAUCGCGAAGACUGCGACAACUUUCUGCUGAGUGUCUGCCUCGAGCCAUCAAAUCAAGCACAACAUUGAUCAAUAAAAAUCUCAUUUUAUUCACAUAGCUUUGCUUUCCACA